AUGGACCCGGCAUUCCACGAGGCCCGGCAAAGGUUCACGAAACCAAAGCCAAAAUUGCCCUCGUUUCCCCUAACCAAGUUCCAACGGCACCUAGCUCGGAAUCCCUACGCCAUAGCUUUAGCAUCCCCCGUUCGGGAAUGUCCUAUAACUGCCACCAAAGUUCCGAGAUUCUUCCUCCAAGGAUUCAACCUCUUGAAACCAAACGAGACGACAAAAGCUUGGUUUGUCCCACGAGAUCUUGAAAAGAAAGAGAAACGGGUGCCCGCUGAAAGCGAAGAGGCCGAGGCCGACGAAGAGGCUAGUCAACCGCCCGCUGAAAGCAACGAGAUCGAGACCGAAGAAGCAAAGACUGGUCUACCACCAGCUGCAGAAGGGAAACAGCAUUCCACCACCGCUACCGCCGACAGUCGCAGAGUUGGGAUUGCCACGGGUUCUGGUAGCUACAUCCUCGCUCACCAGGAACUACUCAAGAAAUUUCUUGUAGCGGGCUCGAAAUUUCGCGACGGCCACAAGAAGUUGUUCCGUGGCGGUGCCUCUGUCAGAUACAAGAAGGCCUUGAAUGGCGCUGUCUGGCGCAAGGAUAUGCACACCUUCCUCCUCGAGCUGAUGAGGCGUCGUCUUGCCGAGGAACUCAUCUCUUUGGCGACCAUGGUCGAGAAAGAUCAUCGGCAAUAUAUCGUCAAGUGUGCGAGCUAUGGCGCCGCGAAGGAGGAAAAGCACCGAGGCUGUCUCUUGUAUCUUGGCCCGCCGCACGCGGAUUCUGCCGAGGAAGCCAACCCAGAAGCGAUACAGUCUUCUCCCGCUCCGGCAGCCGUUUCGCCGUCUGUGCCAGAGCCCCCUGCGCGGUUCUCUACGAUGGCUGUCGAGGGUGCGCGAAACUACGGCCGCACGCUCGCGGUUCACGAUUUACGCCCUGUUCUCGGCCCGGAGCACUUAAACCGCUUGAGGCAAGGGUCGGCGCUCUUUCGCGACGGCGAGCUGUUCCUGCUAGCCAGGCAGCGCUCUCUGCCAACGCAGCUGAAGUUGUUAAAAAUACAAAACUACUUGCCGCGGGAGGCAUCUUAG